UCCCUCGCCCCGUCUUGUCCUCCCUCUCCUGCGCUCCAAAAGCAACCAGAAGCUAUUCGCGUUUAGGCUACAGGCGGAGUUUUUGAGAACUGGGAAGAAUUUGACAAACUUUGUUGAUCCCAACGUAGCCUAAACGGACCGCAGCGCUUCGCUGCCAGUCGUUAUAUAGAGACAUCGAUUAGUUUACUGUGUAUGUCGACUUCAAAGUAAAUAAGGUAGAGUUCCUCUUUUCAUGGAAUAUGAAGAACAACGCCAGGAGGAUGAGAUCUUGACCGAAUCAUACAUGGAUAUUUAUUUUUUCUUUUACCAAACUUCACGCUGUCUGUCUUGUUGAAAGCGCGGUUAGGACGGAGCGGUUUUUGCAUAUUUAUUUUUUAUUCCCAUCGUUUUUUAAAAAUGAUUGUUGUUUAAUUCAAACGGACAUAGCUAAUUGAUAGAAUAGACAUUUUUUGUGACGUGGGAAGUUAAUUUGAAUUGAAUAUGAACUUUUCCAUGUAAACCAAUAUUGAGAGUUUUCCACUUCGCCAACUCUCUCGGACCAUUAGUCUAUCUAUAACCAAUGUGGUGUCAACUGGAAGGACGCGUGGUCCGGAUCUCACCUAAACGUUGAUACGUGUUGGGAGUGAUGCACUGGCUUCCCCUGGUUGCCAUGGUGAUCGCCUCGGCCCUGCCCUUCCCUCACAGCCCUGUGACCAGUACUGUUGCUGCGAUGACGGAGCCCGGCAGUAGCCUGGACGACCACACAGAGGACAUCGAUGACUCUUCCAGUCGCUCCCCCGGAUCUUACUCCACACUUCCAGCUCCUCAGGCCUACAAUGUGGACUACAAGGACUACAAUAACCCCUCCAUAAUUAAAGAGGAGGUGCAAACUUUGAAAGGGAAGCGAAAACAACAAAGUUAUCUGUCAAAAAGCCAUUUUCAUACAGAAAACACGAACAGCGUUGGUUUAAAUAAAUAUUCUAACACUGAUGGAGGAAAACUCAGGAGCACCAAUGGCAGCAGUCAUCAGGACUACCCCUCCCAGGAGAACUAUGUACUAGGGGACUAUAAACCAGACAGCAGCAGAGCUGGUGAUGACAGCAGCUUUAGAGACAUGGCUCAGAAGGAAAACCAUCAUAACUCUCUAGACCCCAGGACCGAUGAACAGGGUCUCAGACCUCCCAACAUGUAUGUGGUGGAAACCUACAAACCUUCCACUAAUGCUGGACACCACAGUAAAACUGGGCCAGAUCCCUCCAGUCAGAGGACCCCGCAGAGAGCAGAGGCUAGGACAGAGAGCAGUGAUAACAGGGGAGAGGAGGGGAGGGAGGGUGGGCCUGGGGCAGGGGCUGGGAAAGGUCCGGAUCUGUCAGAGGAAGGAAUGGAAUUAGGACUAGGGUUAGGGCAGGGUCAGGGGCUGGGAGGUGUAAAGGAGAAGCAAGAGCUGCUGUUUUUAGAUGCACAUCCGCGGGUCCUUUUCUCUUCCUCUCCUCCAGAGCACCCGCCCCUCCUCCUCAUGCUGGAGUCAGGCAUGUUGCCCAUAGAAGGAGAGGACAAGGAGGAGGAGGAGGAAGUGUCGGACGCAGACGGACACAUGGAGGGUCAUGGGGACAGAGAGAUGGACGGGAGUGUGCCGCUGAGCUGGGUGGACACUCUCAGGGGGGCCAGGGAGCCCCCUCGCCCUGCCCCCAGGCACAAGCGCUCGCACUUGUCCCACACCGGGCGGGGUGAGAUGCCGGUGUGCGAGUCGGAGAGCGUGUGGGUAACGGACAAGACGACGGUAUUCGACGAUAGGGGUAAAACAGUCAACAUCGUGCCAGAGAUCAAGACAGUCAAGGGGGCGCUGAAGCAGUACUUCUAUGAGACUCGCUGCCGCCAGGAGGGGCAGCAGAGGGGCAGUGGGCCGCAGCGGGAGGCAGGAGGGGCAGGGGCCUCGGCAGCAGGAACAGGGACCGGACCCGUAGGUGUGUCCGGGGCCAGCUGCCGGGGCGUGGACAUCAGACAGUGGGUGAGUCAGUGUAAGGCCAAGGACACAUAUGUCCGAGCCCUCACUGUUGACAACAACGGUCUGCAGGGCUGGAGGUGGGUCCGCAUCAACUCGUCCUGCGUGUGUGUCCUACUGUCCAGAGUAACCAGGAAAAACAGAGGAAGGGAGUGAGGGCAGGAGAUGGAGGAAAGGUGGAGAGGAUAAUGUGAAAGAAAUGUUAACACAGAUAAUGCUUGGAACAUUGGAUGUAAUGUCAGUGAGACAGUAGGUGUUACUUUAUAGGCCAGGGUGCCUCUUAUCCAGAGCGACUUACAUUAGUGCAUUCUUCUUAUGAUUGCUGCACUCUUACAAAAAAGGGUUCCAAACAGGUUCUUUGGCUGUACCCAUAGGAGAACCCUUUUUGGUUCUAGGUAGAACCCUUUUUGAGGUUCUAUGUAGAACCCUUUUUGAGGUUCUAUGUAGAACCCUCUGUGGAAAGGAUUCUACAUGGAACUCAAAAGUGUUCUACCUGGAACCAAAAUGGGUUAUUCAAAGGGUUCUCCUAUGGGGACAGCCAAAGAACCCUUAGGUUCUAGAUAGCACUUUUUUUAAAGAGUGUAGGCGAGACAACCCCUCCACCCAUCACGGGCUCAGUGAGAGUGACUACACAAAAACAAUAAAACCUCAACAAUACAACUUAGGGAAAACUAUCAUAUCAAAAUAGUGAUUUAAAAAAAGUACUGUUUGUUUCACAAUUGUUUCAUAUCAUACAUGUUAUUGCUGAGUAAUACUGUAUGUAAGCAUGAGUUUUAAAUUAAUAUAUUUCUUUAUAUAUGUGUACAAUAUGUGAACAGUAUGCUUUUAUGUAUGAAAGUAUGUAUAUUUAUAGAGAAAGGUACGUGGAAUGAUAGGUUUGUUGUUGUUACAUGAUUCCAGCCUCUGGCGUCUGGCCUCUGCUCUGAAUGGGAGAGGAAGGGACUGGCAGCAGCUAGUGAUUUAGCCUGAUACUGCUCAACACUCCAUACUGAGCACUGACCAUCCCCAGUCCUCCUUUGUGAAGUCUCACAGAGAACAUUAUCACAGAGUGCUUUAAUAGUAAGAUAGAGAGGAGAAUUGAGCCAUGUAUACUGUGAGCACAAUGCUGGGUGUCAUCAUGAUGCCCAUACUGUUGUCAUGAGCGCAACAGUCCAUUUACACAGAAGCAUUUUAUCUCUAUCUCUCCCUGUAGUUAGAUCAUUAGAUGAUUGAAGAAUUCCAUUCGCCUCAGUUUGCAGUUUGAACUCUGCACUCUAUAGAAUAUGCAGUACAACAUAUUUAUACAUCUGGCUUUUUGUAAUACAUGUAUGUAUAUUGUAAAGGCCUGUUUCUUAUUCCAUAAGUAAAAGAUAAACUAUUAUAACUUAUUUUAUGAUUUUUAUGCAUAAUGGUCUUUCCCGGCAAGUGUCAAUGGUGUGAUCUAUCGGUGUGUGAUGUCUCUCUUUCUGUCAUAUACACAUACAGUAUAUACAUGCUGAACAUUGUUCUCACAAAUACACAAACCACUGCCUCCUCCCCUUACACACUUUCCUGUUGUCUACACACAUGCCAACCCCAGGUACACAAAGUGAGAACACACACAUAGGGAUGUGUUGUACCACGAGUCCACUUUAUUUUGUCUUUUUAUCACCAACAUCUUCAUUACUGUUUAUUUUGCAGGUGUUAUUUUCAAUAUGUAUUAUCAUCUUUGUCAUUCAUAUUUUUUUUUUCAAUCAUAACACAAUUUGUUUUCAAAAGGUACACAUACAGUAGCAUAUUUUAUUGACCAUUUUUAAUGUUUCAUAUUUACUUUUCAAAUUAGGUCAAAUUAAAUUAGUAAGAAUUAAGUAUUAAAUGAACAUGUACAUACAAUUAUUCAAUACAUACAUACAUAAUGAAAAUAAAUAUAGUUAUCAUAAAAACAUAAAAAUAAAAAUACACACAUUUUACAAAUUGUUCCCCAGGCUUUCAUCCUCAUAGGUUAGAUUUCUACAGAUAUAUGUGUAUCAUCUUCACCCCCCAAAGUUGACUUCAUUGUCAUCUUGGUUGUUUGACAUGCAUCGUAACACAGAAGCUAAAGGUUUUUCUUGACUUCCAACAGUCUCUUCUCUCUUCCUGGAUCUGCUUAUCAUCCUUCCUCUCUUGGUUUCUGUAAUGGCUUGCGUGCAGUAAAUGAAUCGUCUCCAUCCUCUUUUCUUCUGGUCACUGUUUUAUCUCACCUUCGUCAUACCUCCAUCUUUCCCCUCGUCUUCCAGGGGCACCCAAUGAACCUGAGCUGAUGAUGAGAGCUGUAAAGUCCACCACAUCUAGAAAGCCAUUACCCUGGGCUUUGUACUAGACCUGCAGUAUGUAACCUGGCUUCAACAACAUGUCUCCCCACUCUAAUUUAACGGGCUUUAGUGGAUACCUACAAAUGACAUCACAGCCAUUUAACACAAUGCCUGUGUGGCCCCCCGUCCCAUCGUAUCCCUGCUGUUGUGGCCCCCCAUCCCAUCAUAUCCCUGCUGAUGUGGCCCCCCAUCCCAUCGUAUCCCUGCUGUUGUGGCCCCCCAUCCCAUCGUAUCCUUGCUGCUUU